CUCCAAACCGGAAGGAGCCUGGCCAUGAUGGCGUUCGCUUGAAAGCGGCGGACUUACCAUCACCGCAGCCAACGGGAAGUUUGAGCCCGCCAAGCGGUUGACAUAGAAACCAGGGGACGCAAAUUACAGAGUGGUUGGAGGAGCGAUGGAGGAUGAAGAAGAGGUCGAAGAACCCAAAGCAAAGGUGAAGGAGGUGAAGAUGUCGACGAUUGUUAUGACGCUCUUCCCUACAGCCGUCACCGAAGAAAAGCUUCAGGAAUCCAAGGAAAAAGCCAUCACUCGCAUUUUUGGGCCCGCGAAGACUUUGAUGAAGGUUAAAAACCCCCAAAGAGCAGGAGAUUAUGAAAGCAUUUUGAACAGGAAAAUAGAUGAGCACUGCCGAGAAGGAGAUCUCUACUUCUCCCAAGGGGAAUGGGAGGAAGCCAUCACUCGCUACACCAAGGCUCUGAAUCUGGAUCCCAACAAGGGAGAACUUUACGAGAGGAAAGCGGAAGCCUUUCUCCAGCUUUGUGACUUCCAAUCGGCCGCGAUGCACCUUCGGAAGGUCUAUCACAUGUCGCCGAAGGAGGGGAUCCGAGAACGGCUGGCCUUCAUUGUAUUCCUACAGGGCCAGUCUCUGUACGAGCAGAAGGUUUACCUGGACGCUCUCGACUCCUGGACUCACGCCUGCGAACUCCAGCCACAGAACAGGCUCUACCGCAUGAGGAGCAUCGCCUGCCUGGCUGCGAUGAACCGCUUCAACGAUUGCCUUCAGAUGGUCAACGCAGAGGUGGAACUGGACAAGAGCAAUGCCGACCUCUUCGUCCUGAGGGCUCGUCUCUUCGAAUACUUCGGGAAGGCAAGCUGCUGCUUUUGCAACCUCCAAGAGGCCCUCGCGUUGGAUCCAGACCACACGGAAGCGCAGGUUCUCUUGAGGAAGAUGACCAAGGAGGCAGAGAGGUCUAAAGAUUGUGCGGUGACCCUGGCCAUCAAGGGCAACCUGAAAGGUGCUUUGCUGAAGAUCAACCGAGCCAUCAACUACAACCCCUUGGAUGAGAAGUAUUUCCUCUUCAGAGGCACCCUCCUGCGCAGGCUGAAGGACUUCAGCGCGGCCAUCGAUGACUACCUGAGGGCCGUCGAGCUGUGCCGAGCCGAUGAGGCCAGCGAGGUGCGUCACGAGGCGGAGAAGCAGGUCCUCCUGAGCUACAACGAUUUUGCCGUCCACUGUUACUUCAAGGGCUGCUACGAAGAGGCCGUGCUGCUGCUCAACAAAGCGAUCAAAGGGGAGAAGAACGAAUUUGGCCUCUACAUCAACCGAGGAGACUGUUUCCUGAAACUGGGCCAGCUGAAUUUUGCCAUGGCGGAUUAUCAACAAGCUUUAGAGCUGCAUCCUUUAGACCCCCGACUCCGCCAUCGCAUCGCUUGGCUCUCCAACGAGAGCGGAUUGCAAGACUUCCGCGAAAAGCAGUACUUGCAGGCUGAAACACGUUUCUCCUGUGCUGUGGACAACGAUCCCUGGGAAGUGAAGUAUUACCUGAACAGGGCGAAGACUCGCGUCUUUCUGCAGGAGUUCCUGGGAGCUAAGGAAGACAUGAUCAGCGCCCUCUUGCUGAACCCCAACAAGGAAGAGGUCCGGACCUUGAUGGGCAACCUGUUUCCCGGAGAGAGCAAAGAAUCCCUCCUCAACAGCAAAGUUGGAGAUUUGACCAAAACUCUCCUGGAUCGAAAGCUGAAAUCUUUUCCCGGCGGGAAAGCGUUGCAGAGGCCUCUGAAAUCCACAGGAUCCGAACUCCCAACCAACAUGUACAUUCAAAUCGAGGACCAGAAAGGCGAGGAGAAGGAAGAGGGUUCUGAAGAAAAAAAGCUGCAAAAAAGACUGGCUGAAUGUCAGCAAAACUCACACCAGGCAAACGAGGAGCUGAAGGAAGCGCAUCAAAAUAAGCCAGCUCUGGAAUCCAAAACUGUCUGGGUAGACACCUGCGCUCGUCUGCCCCCCAAGGAUUGCCCCAAGGAACCGUACUGCUGGAGGAAAUUCUAAGAAGGCGUCGGUCACUUUUAGGCCUGUCCGAAGCAUCACCUUGGGAUGGUAAACCUUGGUUUUUCUCCCCAAAAUACCCUGAAUUUCAAGUGAGUCGAACAAACCAGAUUUCUCCUGCCAAAUAGCUUGCCUGCUCAAAACCACAUAAAGUUAAAAAGAUUUAGGAUGGCCAGGUUUUUCUUGGCUAAGAGGCUUCAUUUCUGUAACCGAGACCCCAAAAUCUUGGAAAGGGUGGAGGGGAUGCCAUCCCUCUUUCCCUUCGGGGCCCUGAGUGAUAUGGCAGCCCCCCCGCCAGGGAAAAGGCUACCCAGUGGGACGAAGCGGUUGGCACCAGAAUCAAUCUUUCCCCCUAAUAAUUGCUCAAAGUAUCGGAAAACGGCAAGCGGGAAGCCGACUCACCUCUGUUCCAUUUUGUUCUAGACUUUGGAAAAGAUUUGCUAUAUAAAGUUGUGCCUUUCUUGCUUUUUUUAUUUAAAUAAAGCAACCUUUGGAAGACCCUAAGGUACGUCCAGGUUUUUCACAUUUAUUGUAUGUUCAGAUCCGC